AUGACAGCUAUAAAGGUACAUGGUGGAACCUCGAGGCUGCUGGUAAAUGAAGAAGUGCAUAUUUGCCUACCUUGGCGUAUCAAAUAUACGCAAUCUCACAUACUGCAUUCCAAAUGCUCCAAGAGUGAAAAUGGCUGCAGUAGCAGCAAGGACAAUGAGGCCUGUCAGUUUUGCGUAUAUAAUAAUACCUUAGAGCUGCCGCAUAUGCCUGACAUGGUGUUCCCCAAUAACGUAUUGAUACUGACUCAUUAGAAUGGAGCAUUGCUGCAAUUCAAUGCUCUGGAUGCUCUGAGGCAUGUGUCCAAUGGGAUAAUCAACAUACAACUGGCAUGGAAAGAGGCAUGGAAAGUAUCUAGACCAGACAGCAGUGAAUAUUUGGAAGAAAGGGUGAAACCCUUCGAUUGGACGUUCACUACUGACUACACUGGUACAGUAUCCGGCUUUGAGGUUGAAGAGACCGACGAGAGGAUCGAUAUGGAUAAACUGAGACAGAGAGACAAGAUCCUGUUCUAUAAUGAUUUAACAUUGUUCGAAGACGAACUUCACGACAACGGUAUUGCGGUAAAUUCAGUGAAAAUUAGAGUCAUGCCCGGUAGCUUCUUCAUACUAUUACGAUACUUCUUGAGAAUCGACAAUGUAAUGCUGAGGAUAAACGAUACUCGCUUUUAGCACGAACUCGGCAAGAAUUACUUGUUACGCGAGUUCACGUCACGAGAAGCCGAGGUUCAAGAUAUCCGAGCCUCCCCGGCGCUCUUCUCGGAGCCGAGCGAAAUAGCGCCCCACUUGCCACUAAUUAGAAGCCAUUAUCACAAGUUGAUAAUACCUGAAAAAGAAGAAGCUAAAUUAAACGAAGACGCGAGCAACUCUCAAGACACGUCCGCGGAGUCGCGGGAUACAUCUGCGACUGAAGGGAAACCAGAGCAACCCGGUGAAAACACGACGGACUGCUCCAUCAUCUAAGACUUAUUCCACUGAAACUCGCGUGUGAUAUGUGAUAUCGUGUUUGCUCGCGAAGAAACACUGAUGAGGAACUCGCUCUGUAGAGAUCAUUGAUUCUCGAUACCUUGGAUGUGACAAAAAACACUCGAAGGAUCUAUAUUUAUGCGCCGAAAGUGAGACGUCGCUUUUAUCUCGGGUCGAUUGAUAUCAAAGUCCCAAUCGAGACCGAAAUCUCGGUCUUAACUCACGCUUGUCAUUUGAUUAUUCACGUCUUUCCUUCACGCGUUUUAAUUUUGUAUGAAGACCUACCUAAAGAUAAAUCGUCAUCCGUCGGUGUCCGCCGCAAACUCUGCGAUAUCAAUCUUUAUUCUUUUUAUUUUGGCGCAUUCAAAUUUCCAGGCAUUCGUAAAGUAUAUUCUAUCGCAGGUCGAGA